UUUACAUCUCAUUUAAAAUUAAGUAAUACUGGCCUUCUCCUCCUCUCCGGUGCGGUGCCAUUUCAAACGCCGCCUACAAAUCUCCAAAAGACCAAAACAGGUUUGGACCAUCCGUCCAAAACCAUUCCACUGUUGGCCCAGCCCUGAAUUUUUUCAUCUUGACACAGAAGAAAGUAGUGAAUGAGGAGGAGAGGGAAACUAAGUUGUACAGAAAAGUGAGGGCUUUGACGCUGGUAUACGCUGACUAAUUAGGUUUCCACGGCUAUGGGUGCAAUAAAAGAAGCUCUUUCCCUCUUACUCCAAAGGAGAAACUAUGACUCCAGUUAUCAAGUUUUAGCUGAUGUUCUUAAAUCAUGUGCGGCAAUAUCAGGUAUCAAAUUGGGGAAAUCUCUACACGCUCAUGUCGUUAAAGAUGGCCAUCAUUCUUACCAGUUCAUUUCCAAAGCUUUGCUCAACAUGUACGCCAAAUGCAGAGUUCUUGAUGACUGCCACCAGCUGUUCGACGAAAUACCUGACCCAGAUACCGUCACUUGGAACACUCUCUUGUCUGGGUUCGCGGGUUCCGCCCGCCACGAUCACACGGUUAUGAGGUUUUUCAACAUGCUCCGUGCUGUGCGCGAUCCUAAACCGAGUGCCGUCACUCUUGCUAUUGUCAUUCCUGUCUGCACGCGCUCCGGCACCCGGGGUGCUCGGAGGAGUGUUCAUGCCUAUGCGAUAAAGUCUGGGAUGGAAUCGCAGACAUUGGUAGGCAAUGCUCUAGUGUCGAUGUAUGCAAAAUCUGGACUUGUUUUGGAUGCAUGCGUUGUUUUUGGAGAAAUUUCUGAUAGAGAUGUGGUUUCAUACAAUGCAGCAAUUGCAGGUUUAGCAGAGAAUCAGCUUGUGGAAGAUGCUUUUCAACUUUUCACUGAGAUGAUUAGAGGGCCGGUGAUGCCUAACUAUGCCACCAUUGCAAACGUUCUGCGUAUUUGUGCUGCUAUGGGGAAGACUGGUUGCGACAGAUUGGGAAAGGAGAUCCAUUGCUAUGUGUUGAGACGCUCUGAUUGGGAAGAUGAAACAACAGUGAUUAAUGCUAUUUUGGGCUUCUAUCUGAGAGUUGGUCGUAUACAAGAAGCAGAGUCUUUAUUUGAUCGAAUGAAGUUCAGAGACUCUGUUUCCUGGAAUUCAAUCAUUGCUGGGUAUGCUUCAAAUGGUCAGUGGUUGAAAGCGUUGGAGACAUUUCGUAGUUUUGUUUGUGUGAAGAUGGUUGGACUGGAUGCCAUCACUGUGAUCAGCAUUCUUCCUGUUUGUGCCCAGUUAAAUGAUCUGCAAGUGGGGAAGGAGAUACACGGGUAUGUUUUGCGGCAGCCAGCUUUAAACAAGGAUACAUCUAUUGGAAAUGCUUUUACAAAAUUUUAUGCGAAAUGUGGCCGGAUAGAUGCAGCAUUUGGAACAUUUUCACUCAUCUGUGAAAAGGAUUUAAUAUCAUGGAAUACCAUGCUUGAUGCUCUUGCACUAAAUCUACUUACAACUCAGUUUGCUGAUCUCUUGUGUUUGAUGUUUGCGGAAGGAGUAAAACCUGAUGCCAUUACUAUCUUAACUGUGGUACAGCUUUAUGCAUCUCUUUCCAGAAUUAACAAUGUUAAAGAAACUCAUGGGUUCUCAUUGAGAUCCGGUGUUCUGCAUGGUGAUACAAAACCCACUCUCGGAAAUGCACUGCUUGAUGCAUAUGCCAAAUGUGAAAAUAUGGAAUACGCAUCAAAACUGUUUGAUAACUUAUCUGGAAAGUGGAAUGUGGUCACCUGCAACUCAAUGAUUUCAGGAUACUUUGAACACGGUUCGCAUGAUGAUGCAAAUACUAUCUUCCAUAGUAUUUCUGAAAGAGAUAUUACCACUUGGAAUCUUAUGAUCCGAGGUUAUGCCCAGAACGAGUGUCCUGGUGAGGCUCUCCGCUUGUUUCAUGAGUUACAGCAUCAUGGAUUAAGGCCUGAUCCCAUGACAAUUGUGAGUGUAAUACCUGUUUGUGGUCAAAUGGCUUCAGUGCACUUGCUGAGACAGUGUCAUGGCUACAUAAUUAGGGCUUGCUUCAAUGAUGCUCAUUUAAUGGCAGCUCUUCUAGAUGUGUACUCAAAAUGCGGGAACAUAAGUGCUGCAUAUAAACUUUAUCAAUCAACUCAACAGAAAGACCUUGUUGUGCUCACGGCUAUGGUUGGAGGAUUCGCUAUGCAUGGAAUGAGCAAGGAAGCAAUUAAGGUCUUUGACUUUAUGCUCAAGUGUGGUAUUAAACCGGAUCAUGUUGUGAUCACUGCUGUUUUAUCUGCUUGCCGUCAUGCUGGUCUUAUUAAUGAAGGAUUAUCAGUUUUUAAUUCAAUAGAUCAGGUGCAUCUCAUGGAACCAAGCAUGGAGCAGUACGCAUGUGUGGUGGAUCUCCUUGGUCGGGCCGGUAAAAUUAAGGAAGCAUUAUCCUUUCUAACUUACAUGCUGGUUGCACCAAAUGCCAAUUUAUGGGGUACACUUCUUGGUGCCUGCAGAGCCCACCAUGAUGUGGAUACAGGUCAUAUUGUAGCUGAACGUCUUUUAAGAACUGAAACCACUGACAUAGGAAACUACGUGGUUUUAUCAAAUAUGUACGCUGCUGAUGCUAGAUGGGACGGGGUGUUGGAGAUGAGAAAGAUGAUGAAAACGAGAGAUCUGAAAAAGCCAGCAGGUUGUAGUUGGAUUGAAGUGGGAAGGAGUAAAAAUAUGUUUGUAGCUGGAGACUAUUCUCACCCAGAAAGAAGCCUAAUUUACAGCACGUUGCAUCACUUGGAAAAACAAUUGAAAGAUCUGUGCGAGUCUCCUUGUACUUGA